UUCAGACUUGGGUCUUAUACUGAGACGGAAAAGCGAAAAGAAAACUACCUAAUUUACAAACUUAUUUUAAUGUGCAAAUACAAUUCCACAACUAUUAAACAUUUCAGUGAUGAUGUCAACUACAGAUGGGGAUGUAACCCAUGAACGAGAAGAUGGCGAGUUGGUGGAUUCUGAUGUUGAAGAGGGUACCUAUAUACCGUUAGAGAGACCAAUUUUUAACCCGCCUUCUUUGGUGAAUAUGCAAAUUCAAGAUGAACAGAGCGAAGAAGAAUCACUUACAGGGUCUUCAGGCUCCGAAUCAGAUGAUGAGCGACAAAGAAGGCCUAAAAGGUCGAAAGUAAGGCCAAGGCGCCCCCAGCAACAACAAGCUGGUCGUAAUAAAAAAUAUGAUAUAUGGUGCCAACCUUUGCAGGAAGACCUUCUUACUGAUAAUAUGGUGAGUUGUGAUGUGUCCAAGACAAAGAAGAGUGAUUAUGGUGUUGAAUCUUAUGAUUAUAAAAUUAAGUAUAGACUAAGCAAGAAGUGUGUACCAAAUGUUUUUACAAAUAAUAGUGACCACAGCAAUCAUAACAAUAAAAGAAGAUUUUCGGAAAGAUCAAAUGUCAAACUAAGACUUGGGAAAAGGGUGAACAGCCAUCAGCCUAGAGAAGAGAAACAAAACCCUAGAUAUUUGCCUGAUUUAGCUGUAACUGUAGAGGAUCCUGUGAUUCACAUCGGAUCUGAUAUUGCAGAAAAUUUGGCUGAAGAAAAAAAGGAAUUAGUUGUAAGGAUUGUAGAGGUGCUCGGAGCAAGUAAAGCUAUAGAAAUCUAUAAGGAGACACAGAAAAUUGAAGCCGAAGGUGGAAUGCUUGUAAUGAAUGGUAAGAGACGCCGAACUCCGGGGGGGGUUUACUUUUUCCUGUUGAAACGAGACGAUGAUGUCUCUAUGGAAAUGGUGAAUAAGAUAUUCAGUGAGGAUCGUAGGGAGAACGCACGACGAAUCAAGAGGAGUCGUCAGAAAGUUGUGGAGCAACUAAAGCAGAGUCUAACAGAUUCUGAACUGCCGUCGUUGUUGUCUCGAGGGGAAGCCACCGUUCAAAGCGAGCACGGGUCGAACCCGCCGCCUUCUCCCGCAACAGACGCUCGCGAAGGCUCCAGCGAUACAGACGCACACUCGCGCCCCGCCUCUCCCCUCCCCGACGCUGACACACCGCUGGAGGAGGAACCAAGUUCACACACCACGACCUCUGUGCCUUCACAAGACACAAGUAGGCCAUUCCAUGACACCAGGCAGCUGCAGGAAUAUGACGAUGACUGCUUAGAGGUGAUGUGCAACGAUGAUAUAAUGGACCUGUUCUAGCUGGAUUGGAAACGGUUCAACUUUGGGACUUGUUUUACUUUAUUGUAAUAUAACUACACUAUGAAAUAUUUAAGUUAUAAGCAGUUGCGAUUAAAUUGCUGCAUGAGGAUAUUGAAAUUAUUAAAGUUCCUGCUCGCAAUGCCAUCUGUUCGCUUUAUGUGAAUGAGAAUGAAAUAAAUUAAUGAGAGAAAAUGUGUGUAAUAUCAAUCUAGAAACACGGAAACUUAUUAAAAAUAUAUCAUUGAUGAUUCCUGACAUCAGAGGGUGUCAAUGUUAAAUAAUGUUUAGUUUGUUAUGAUAUUUUUGUAAUAUUAUGUUAUUCAAGAGAAAUACCAAAUCUUAUAAAUUGAGACACAGACACAUUCUCGCUUAUGCUGUCAAUAUGAUCCAUUAAUAUUAGGUAUGACAAUUUUACAAGAAGUCUGUAUCAGUAUGGAAAUAAUAUUUUAUACAAAGUUUUACAUACCAUACUAAUACUUCUAUACUAAGGCAUCACCUCCACGAGCGAGUUCAUCGUUGCACAUACAAAUUUACAUAUAUAACUAUACACAGCAAUCACUGUGAGUGCAUUUCAUCUACUCAUUGAACUCUCGCUUUAAGCUCAUUGUCAAAUGAUUUCCUUACAAGGAAGCAAGGAGAGUUUCCAUAAUGACCUGGAUUGAUUUUUAUAUAAGAGGGCUCAAACGGGAAAGAGGCUAAUGGAAUGGGGAGUGGUGAGGCAACCGCCCAUGGACAUACGCAACACCAAGGGACAUAAGAUGUGUUGCUGGCCUAUAAUAAUACCCUUAACUCUUGGAGAUUACCCGAUGAGUAUAGGUCACAAUUGGCAUGAUGCACUCGCUCGUGGAGGCAGAGCCUCAUAUGUCUUCCUGCAACUAAGUGUACUGCCUAUAGGAAUGAUUUUGGUUUUUUUGUCACUUGAAAUAAGGUGGACCACUUAUGAUUUACCAUGUUUAGCGGAGUCAUUUGUCAAUAACUAUCAAAAUAAUCGAGUAGUAACACAUCACAAACAUUAUAGUAUUGUAUGUGUUAGGUUGUUGCGGUAUAGUUUUUUUACACUAAUGACAUUUAGUUUACAGUAUUAAGAUCUUAUAACUGACUGUUUUUAUUUGUUUUACUUUUAAGGCCUUUUGUUUACAACAUAUGUGCAAACGUCAUAAUAUAUUCAUUACUUGUGUAUUUAGUUAUAGUAGUAAUUAUUAUGUCAUUUUUUGUUGGCUUUUAUGUUAAAAUGUGCUAUAUGUGUGUAUGAAUCCUUUGGAUAUCCUUAGACCCGGCGCGCCCUGUAUCUCUUCUGUGUGUGACCCACUCUUGUUCGAGUCAGGUGUUUCCCACCCCUGACUGCCAUCACCUACCAGUGGGAGGCUCCUUUGCACUGGAUGCCGGCUACAUUAUGGGUACCACAACGGCGUCUAUUUAUGCCGUGAAGCAGUAAUGUGUAAGCAUUACUUAGGUUCGGUCGGAAGGGCACCGUAGCUAGUGAAAUUACUGGGCAAAUGAGACUUAACAUCUUAUGUCUCAAGUAGACGAGCGCAGUUGUAGUGCCGCUCAGAAUUUUUGGGGUUUUUCAAUAAUCCUGAGCGGCACUGCUUUGUAAUGGGCAGGGCGUAUCAAUUACCAUCAGCUGAACAUCCUGCUCGUCUCAUCCCUUAUUUACAUAAAAAAAAAGACGUAUUCCCCCAACUUGCGAGAGCCUCCUUAGUGGGGUCCGCGUAUUCCCAUAUCAGGGGCUUUUGUGAUCCGUGGUCCCAAGUACUCAGUCCUUAGUUAAUACUAAGUGGCUGCACCCUUAGACCCUGCAAGUUACUUAACAUCGCUUGGAACGGUGCUAGCUGACUAAUCCAAAGAUUUGCUACCUGCUUUAAGGUAAGCUACACUGAAAAAAAAUUAAAAUUGACACAAAGAUAAUUCGCACCUUUUUUGGUACUUGUUUUUCUAACACAAGUCAUAUAACAAACUUCAAGGCCCUUUUUUAAUUUAAUGGACAUCCCUGCCGCCCAAAAGAUCUAAAUUUGAUCGACUUAUAUUCUGUGGACAUACAUUUAAAAUUAAUUUAAUCGGUGAAACUUGCCUUAUUCAAAUUCAAAUAUUUUUAUUCAAAAUAGGAUUUAAAAUCACUUAUUGAACGUCAAAAUCUACCACCAAUUCAAAAGAGACUGCCUCAGACCUGAGAAGAAUGGGCGCAAGAAACUCAGCGGGCUUUUUUUGUAAAUAUAAAAUAUGGAUUACAAUGUAAUAUCGUACAAUAAUCAUUUAUAAUUAAAGAGCCUGAGGGUGUUCGCUUUAUUCCCAGUCCGUGGUGUCAUUAAGAAAAUCGUGUAUGCUAUAAUAACCUUUCCCACACAAACGUUUUUUAACAAUUCUUUUAAAUUUCGUAACACAUUUGUUUUGUACAUUUUCUGGGAUCAUAUUGUAGAAGCAUAUACAUCGCCCAACAAAAGACUUACUAACUCGACCCAACCGAGCAGUAGGCAUAACAAGUUUAUUUUUGUUCCUCGUGUUAACAUUAUGAAUGUCAGUUUCUAGAAAAUUCCUCAAUGUGCUUAUGAACAUACAAUACAUUAUCAAAAAUGUAUUGAGAAGCAACAGUCAAAAUGUUUAUUUCUUUAAACUUUUCUCUUAAUGAUUAUUUAGGACCUAGGUUAUAAAUCGCGCGAAUAACCCUCUUCUGCAGCACAAAGAUGGUAUCAAUAUUUGCCGCAUUGCCCCAUAACAAUAGUAUUAAUAUCGGCCGCACUGCCCCAUAAUAAUUAACCUUAUUCUCUUCAAACCCAACAUUGAGUAAAAAAAACAAGUGCGCAAUGCAGCGAAAACCAUUUUAUGCAAAUAUUAACCAAGAUGUUGAAAAUAUUUUAUUAUAAUCUUUUAUAAAAAAUAAAGUAAAACUCUAACAAACUUAACUUUUUCUUCGAAUAUUGCGUUAUUAGAAAUCAGUCGCACAAGGUAUGCUUUUUUGAAGAUACACUUCUUUUUGCGCGUUAGGGAAAAUUAUCUAUAUAUUAGAGUGAAUUUUUACGCUGCGCGUGUCACGCAAUUUCGACACCCUUCAGCUACCAAGCCUCUUGUAACUAAAAUGUCUACUGAACCACAAAUAAUGGACGAGAUGCAAAUAAAUUUCAAUAUAUAACUAACUUAAUUUUUUAUUACGUUAAAGAAAAAAUACUUCUUGCGUGCGUACAUGAGUACACACACACACUUUUUUUUAAUUAUUUUUCUUCAAGUUUUACUUCAAUCGUGUUGCAGUUCUUGUAAUAUGUCCCAGAAGAAGCCUGUCAACAGACAUCUUGAGACAUAGUGGACAUAAUAAACAGCUUUUUGUAAUUAGGCCCACAUCUCUUAAAUCUUGUAUAUCUGAAAAUUUAUUGAAGUAAGCGUUACUUUGCGGAAAUCCAUAGUUAUAUAAAUGAUUUGAGUUUUCUUUAGUGUUAAUUCCGCCAAUAUUUGUCUUUAAACAAUUCGACACGUGUUUCGCCUCUACACGAGGCUUCCUCAGGACGUGUUGUCCCGCCAAAAUCUGGCACAAGACAGUCUCGAAACACGUGUCGAAUUGUUUAAAGACAAAUAUUGGCGGAAUUAACACUAAAGAAAACUCAAAUCAUUUAUAUAAUUUUGUAUAUCUACAAUAAAAUUACUGGUGUCGUCUCCAUAUUUUUCACUAUUCUAUCAAGUCUUAAAUUAUUUUUGUAUUCUAAUUACUUAGUUCGAUCACAGUUCAUAAAAAGUAAAAUUCGUAGUUACAUUUACCAUUAUGUUUUGGGUUUAAAUUAGCUUUUAGUAAAAAAGAGAAAGAUAAAUUGUCAUAGACACAAUUGCUUUGCAAAUUGUUACAAAUGAUAAGCUGAGAUACAUAUUAUUUAGAAUGUUGUGUCAACCUUAGAUUGAGGAUUGGUCUCCACUGCGCUCCAACUAGAUAUCGCACUACCUAAGCACGAUAGCUUUUUUAUUACGGCGACUAUAAGAUGCUUGUGUGUGUGCCAUCUUGACACUCAAUGGCAUCUUUCAAAUUUUUAUAACAUACGCUUCGUGUUAUUUUCUAUUGCAAUAAAAUAUAAAAUACUGAUGAUAUGUGACCCCAGUGUCUUUUUUUUGUAGUAUUAUUUUUACAAAGUUUUACUACGCAACCCGGGAUUUUUGUCUCAAUUAUUAGCAAAGUUUAAAAGAACACGUGGCACGUCAAUGUCACACAUUUUUCGAGACUGGCUCGAGAACGCGUAGUAUUCGUUGCCGCACUUUGUGACUAUUAUGCCUGCGGUAUCUAGUUGGAGCGCAGCGGCCAAUCGUUAAUCUAAGACGUUAACGUAUUUCGUUUGCCAAUGUUGAGAAAAGCAUAAUUAUCUUACAAUUUAUUCGGUUAUAUGAAGUUAUGUUUGUAUGUCGACUUAAGACUAAUAGCACAUAAGAAAUGGUGCAGAAAGCACACUGGAAAACUUUCAUAUAACGAAGAAGUUUAAAGCAUUUUAUGAUGCAGUACUGCAUAUUGGUUUUAUUGUACAUAGGUUAAUAUUGUCUGUGUUGUACAGUGAAGUGUGGUAGCCAGGACGAUAUAAUAUUAUUUGUACUUUACAUUUUGUAGACAA